AUGUCACAGACACAAAACGAUGUGGCACUGCCGGAAAAAUCCGACACGUUGGACAGAAAAACCCUCUUUGUGCGGUCCAUCCCGCUCGAAGCAUCCAAUGACGACCUCUCGGAGUACUUUUCUCAGUUUGUUCCUGUUAAACAUGCCGUGAUUGUUACCGACGGAGACAAGAAGUCCAGGGGAUUUGGAUUCGUGUCGUUCACCAUGGAGGAGGAUACCUUGACUGCGUUGGUGGAGGCCAAGAAAAAUAAGUUCCAGAACAGAUUCCUCAGAGUGGACAUAGCAAAGAGAAGAGACCGUAAAGGAAAGAAGGAAGAAGGCGAAGAGGAAACACCCAAGGAGAUUGCGGAGCCUGUGGAGAAGAGAAAAGCUCGUCUUAUCAUCAGAAACUUGCCUUGGACAUGCAAGAGCCCAGACACAUUGCGUAAGGUGUUCCUGAAGUAUGGAGCAGUUCACGAUGCCUACAUUCCUACUAAGAAGGGUGGAUUGAUGAAGGGAUUUGCUUUCGUUACCAUGAAGAAGAAUGCUGCUGCCGAGAGAGCAGUCAAGGAGAGUGUCGGAUUGAAGAUCGACGGAAGAGAAGUUGCUGUUGAUUUGGCAGUCGAGAAGUCCAAAUGGGAGAAGAUCCAAGAGGAGGAAGCCAAGGAGAUCAAGAGCACAGGAAGAGAGAGACCAACAGAAGAGGACAAGGAAGGGGAAAAAAAGGAGGAAGUAGAGGAAGAGGAGGAGGAAAAUGAGGAUAUGGAGGUUGACGAGGAGAAGGAAGAGGACUCCGACUCCGAUUCCGACUCUGAGUCUGAUUCCGAUACUGAAGAAUUUGAUAAACUCAAUGAAAUCGAGGAAGAAAAACCAAAAGAAAAGCAGAAUAAGCAAGAAGCAUUCUCUGUUUUUGUCAGGAAUAUCCCAUACGACGCAGACAAGGAUUCAUUGAAAGAACAUUUCAGUCUGUUUGGUCCAGUCAAAUACGCCUUGCCUGUGGUAGACAAGGUUACCGGAGUUGCCAAGGGUUCUGCAUUUGUGGCUUUUAAAACGCACGAUGGAUAUACCGACUGUCUUGCCAACGCACCAACUGUUUCCUCCACUUCCAUGUUGAUUUCCGACGAUGUGGCUCCAGAAUACGUCUAUCAGGGCCGUAUCUUGUCAAUCGUUUCUACUGUGGAUAGACAAUCGGCCACCAAAUUGGCCGAGAGAAACUCCGCAAAGAGAAAGGAGGAGUUUGGUAUUGAUGUUGGAGAGAAAGAUAAGAGAAAUUUGUUCUUGUUGAACGAAGGACGUAUUACCGAGAACUCAAAGUUGGCACAGUAUAUCUCUGCCGCAGACAUGGAGAUUAGAGAGAAGUCGUACAAGUUGAGAGUUCAACAGUUGAACAAAAACCCAACCUUGCAUCUUUCCUUGACUAGAUUGGCCAUUAGAAACCUUCCCCGUGCCAUGACUGGAAAAGCACUCAAGGCUCUUGGUCGUAAGGCUGUAGUUCAGUUUGCUACCGAAGUCAAGGAAGAGAAGAGACAACCACUUUCCAAGGAGGAGAUUUCUCGUUCUAUCAAGUACAAGCACGACAAUGAAGAUCCUAAGGAUGAGAAGGCUGAAGAGGAGAAACAAAAGAAGAAGAACAAGAAGGCCGGAGUGGUUAAGCAAGCCAAGGUAAUUAUGGAAGUGAAGGGUAGCGGUGAUGUUGGUAGAUCCAGAGGAUAUGGAUUUGUUGAGUUCAGAGACCAUAAGGCUGCAUUGAUGGCACUUCGGUGGUUGAACGCACAUGAGGUCACAGCUGCUGAGAUAUUGGAGGGAUUGGAUGAAGAGGAGAAAAAAUUGGCUGUCACUGAAGGCUUGAAUAAGAGAAAGUUGAUUGUGGAGUUUGCUAUUGAGAAUGCCCAGGUGGUCAAGAGAAGAAGAGAGAUGGUAAUGGUUGCUCGUCACGGAAAGAGGAAGAGAGAGGGCGAUGAAGACGAGAACGAGGAGGAAAAUGACAAGAAGAAGCAGAAAAAGAAGAAGGGACCUUCUAGAAAGGGCAACAUGAAUAAGGGACCUAAGGGCAAAGUUGAAGGGGAAAAGAAGGAAAAGGCACCAGCAAAGUCCGAAAAGCCAAAGUCCGGAUUGUCUGAUAAUGUCAAGAACAUCAUCGGCAGAAAGAGAAAGAUGAGAAAGGGUAAGAACUAA